CAACCUUAGAAUUUGCUCCUUCCAAUUCUGAAGACCGGACCGAGCAAACCCAGCGGAGCCAAAGGUCCGUCCCAAAAGCGCGAUUUUUAUCCAUCUUCCUCUUCCUUUCCAUCCAACAGUUGUUUCGUCGACGACGCCUCCUUCCUCUCAACGGAUUCGUGGCCAGGUCCCUGACUUCGUCCCCCUUCGAUCCAUAGGGCGGGAACAAUGUUCGAAUUGGCCGGAACCAGCGGGAGUUUUUGAGAAACGGAGGGGAUUUUCGAGAGGUCUUUUGGCUGAUGGGAGCCAGCGCAAACCCGUCGGGGAACCCGGAUGGAGCCAACGGCGGUCCCUUAUCUGGAGGCGGCGGUGGCGGAGGUGGUGGCGCGUCGGUUCCCGGAAACCCUAGCAAUGGCACCAUGGCGGCGGGGGCGGCAGUAGCAGGGCCCGCGCAGGCGCUGAAGCAUGACCCGGGGCUGUCGAUUGAGUGGUCCUCGGAGGAGCAGACCAUCUUGGAAGAAGGGCUUAGCAAAUAUGCAUCUGAAUCAAUCAUAGUGCGUUAUGCAAAAAUUGCCACUCAGUUACGGGACAAGACAGUCCGUGAUGUGGCCUUGCGGUGCAGAUGGCUGACGAAAAAGGAGAACAGUAAGAGAAGGAAAGAGGAUCAUAACUUGACAAGGAAAAGUAAAGAUAAGAAGGAGAGAGUUACAGAAACUUCUGCUAAAUCAUCAGCGCACCUUGGGACACGACCUAAUGUUCUUCUGUAUACUCCGCCAAUGCUUCCUGUGGAUGAUGAUGAUAUUUCAUAUACAGCAAUUGGUGGUCAAACAGGAGAGCUUCUUGAGAAUAAUGCAGAGACCUUCACUAAAAUAUCGGCAAACUUCGCUAACUUAAGGAUGCAGGAUAACAUCAAUUUAUUUUGCCAAACGCGGGACAACAUACUUGCAAUCUUGAAAGAGAACCCUUUUUGGGAUACCUCAAAUUUAGCAUCAAUUUUUUGUCAAAUGUUUAUAUCAUUCAGUGUGAGAGGAACUAGACCACUGUCUCUCAUCCAUGAUAAAAGCAAAAUUGUCUCAUUAAAAGAAUUGCUGGGGACAGAUACUUCAAGUUGGUAUUGUCUGAAAUAUUUGGCUCAUUACUCUCUCUUUCUAGCUGGUUAAGAAUAGAUACUUCAAGUUUGUUUCUGCAGUCAUAAUGGAUAUGUGUUCAAUAAGAUACUCGAGGAUAUUUCUCAGAUUUAUGAUGGAUACUUGAAUUACUCUCAGGCUUAUAUGUUUUACUCCAUAACACACAGAAUUUAAUGAACAGAACUUCUAACUUGAGCUG